CGCAGCUGCUGCGGUUCAACCCGGAACUGCAGCUUCGCUCAGUCUGCGUUCAUCGAGCGACUCUGCUGCCUCGAACCGGGUCUGAUCCGGAUCAGAUCCGAGCCCUAUCCGUCGGUCCGCUCUCAGACUGCAUCCAGGCUGCAGCUGCAUCAAACUGCACCGACAGAUUCGCUGUUUUUUUGCAGCAGAAGUUGAAUUUCGAGGCUUUUUCCUUCCAAAACAAUCUGCGUCUUUCCUCUACUGCUGCUGCUGCUUCUCCCCGGAUCGGAUCCUGGCAGCAGCUCUUCAGGCCACAGCACCGGCUGAGAUCCAGCAAAAGCCCGGAUCCAGGAGCUCCGAGGAGCUGCGGCUGUAACGAGGCUUCCUGAGCUGCUGCUGCUGCUGCUGCUGCUGCUGCUGGAAUGCAGUGAUGGCGGAACAUCUGUCCCAGAGCGAGCUGGAUUACCCCUUCAAACUUCUGGAGUAUUUCAACGGCUUCAGGGUGUCGAAGACAGCUGUGUACAGCAGCAGCGACGUGGCCAACCUCUACCUGGCCAAAGGCAGCGUCAAGUCUCUCCACGACAUGAUCAUCUACCAGUCCCAGACCAUCUACCCGCUGUGGAACAACCUGGUGGACGCCGUCAGGGAGGGAAAGAACCAGAACAAGAGGACGUUCGGCCUUCCACCGGAGGAGGUGUUUCAGGCCAUUUACAGGUCUGAGGAGGAGAUGCUGAAGUUCAUGGGCCUCAUGAACUCCUCGUGGGUACUGGACGGACACGACAUCGUGACGGCGUUCAACCUCUCCUGCUUUCAGAAGAUCGUCGACCUCGGAGGUUGCACCGGCGCUCUGGCCCGUGAGAUGGCGAAGGCGUAUCCGACCUCCUCGGUCACCGUGUUCGACCUCCCGCAGGUCGUGGAGACGGCUCAGAAGCAUUUCUCUCAGGAGAACGACGCCUUUUCAUUUCAGACCGGAGAUUUCUUCAGCGGUGACAUUCCUGCUGCUGACUUGUACGUUCUGGCCAGAAUCAUCCACGACUGGCCUGAGGAGAAGUGUGUGACGCUGCUCAAGAAGAUCUAUGACGCCUGCCGACCAGGCGGCGGCGUCCUGCUGGUCGAGGCGAUGCUGUUCGAGAACAGACGAGGACCCGUCAUGGCUCAGAUGUUCUCCCUCAACAUGCUGGUGCAGGCUGAAGGCCGCGAGCGUCCGCCGUCCGAGUACGUCCACAUGCUGAACCAGACCGGCUUCCACAACGUUCAGGUGUGUCGCACCGGGAAGUCCUACGACGCCAUCCUGGCCGUCAGAUGAGCUCCAGGGGUGUCUCUCAGGAGCAAGGGGCUGAACCGGGAGAGUUCAAGGCCUUGGAAAAGGUUUGGAGAUGGACGGAAACAGCAGUUGGAUCUCCAGUUGGUGUUGUGGUGUUUUCAGAUACUGUGUUUGCAGCUCAGUGAUACAAUACAAGCUGCUGCUGGAUGAUAUAUUAAAUCAGUAUUCGCCUCAAAUUUAAUAUUAACAAAACAUUUCUGCAUCCAAAUACAAGAAUUAAUCCAGAUUAAAGAAGGAAUUCUGCACUUUUUGCCUGACAAAAGACUGAUCCCACUCUAGCAUGUGAAAGCAGCUGGUUAGCCUAGCUUAGCAUCUGGAUAAUCCCAUCUUAAAUCAUGAAGAUGUUUGGA